GCGUGGCGGGGCGGCGUGGUGGUGGUGACGUCACACACACGUGGCUCCUCCCACCGCCACUGCCACGCCACAACAUGGGGACAUUUCUCGCCGAUUCCCCGCUGUGCCGCCUCUGUGCCACCGAGAGCGAGGGCGGCGGCUUAACUAUCUUCGACGACAGCGAGGAGAAGGCGUCCCUAGCCAUCCUGAUCAACAAAUAUCUGCCCAUAAAGGUGGUGGAUGAUGGCCGGCUGCCUGUGUGUAUCUGUGAGAGGUGCCAUGUGGGUGUUGCGGCCACAGUGGACCUCAUUGACCGCAUGGUGGAGGGCCAGCAACGUCUUCGCUCCCUUCUGCAGCCACUGGACAAGGCUCCUGUUUCGUCACAGAAUGUCCUCAUCAACCUGCAGGGAGACUCGCCAGACAUACCCAUGGAUGACCUGACUAAGGGUGCCAGUGUGUCUAAGGUGUUCUGUGAGGUGCACCCAAUGACCCAGGCCGUGGAGGGACAGCCUCUCAAGAGACGACGAGGACGGCCUCGGAGGGGGGAGGGUCCAGCCAAGCCAAUUGUGAAGAAGGAGAAUGAGGAGGAGCAGCUGGAGGAGGACAAGAAGGGCCCACGCAGGUCAGGAAGGAAGGCCAGUCUGCCCUCCAGGUGAGCCUUCCUGUUCGGACAAAGAAGUGUGGAUCAGGACAGUGAUGGAAGAAUGGUGGUGCAGAGAAUAUGGGGUUUGAUGAAAAGUGAUGAUAUUAACCUCCUCAGUACUAUUCAGCAAUUUUAUAAAGCUUCAGAAACUUGUGUGAGGAUUAAAAUAGUGAAGACUGUGUGCAUUCAACUCCUGACCUCCAUAGAUCCUUCAUAAUGUAAAUAAAAUUGUCUUAUACCCAAACUGAUGGUAAAAAUGCACCCCAGUACUGAAGGGGGAUUAUAAUAUAGAAUGAUAGUAAAGAAUGAGGAUUUGACAUGAUUGAAGGGAUAAAAUAAGAGAUUAUGGGAGGUGAAUACUCGUAGAAAUGAAGAUGAUGAUAGAAGAGAGA